AUGAUUCUAUCUAUCUAUCUAUCUAUCUAUCUAUCUAUCUAUCUAUAUAUAUAUAUAUAUAUAUAUGUUGAGUGUGAUCUGUCUAUCUAUCUAUCUAUCUAUCUAUCUAUCUAUCUGAGAUGUCAAUGCACGAGAUAUGUUCGAAUUGUUAUGAUACCCAUAAAGCACAGUGAUGUUAACAUUGCACGUGUUUUUGUUUACUCUAUCUCUCUCUCUAUCUCUCUCUCUCUCUUUAUCUAUCUAUCUAUCUAUCUAUCUAUCUAUCUAUCUAUCUAUAUAUAUAUAUAUAUAUAUAUAUACUUCAUUAACGACGACAGACAAGAAUCUACGUGCGUGAAUCAUGGAAAAAUAAAAAAAUUGGAAAUUGGUGGAACUGUUAAAAGAUUUUGUUCCCUCUUUCAUUCUUUCUUUCUUUCUUUCUUUCUUUUCAUCUUACUUUUCCUCCUUUCUUUCUUUUCUUUCUUUCUUUCUCAUCUUCUUUUUCUCAUGUUUCUUUUCUUUCUUUCUUUCUUAUUUUCUUUCUUUCUUUCUUCUUGCUUUUCAUCUUUUAUCUUUCUUUCUUUGUUUCUUUUCUUUCUUUUCUUUCUUUUUUUUCUUUCUUUCUUUCUUUUCUUUCUUUGUCAUCUUGCUUUUUCAUCUGCCUUUCUCAUGUUUCUUUCUUUCUUUUCUUUCUCCUUUUUUUUCUUUCUUUCUUUCUUUCUUUCUUUCUUUCUUUUUAUCUUCUUUUCAUCUCCCUUUCUUUUUUUCUUUCUUUUCUUUCUCAUCUUGCUUUCUCAUCUCCUUUCAUUUUUUUUCUUUCUUUCUUUCUUUCUUUUUUUUUUAUUUCUUUCUUUCUUUCUUUCUUUGUCAUCUUGCUUUCUCAUCUGCCUUUCUUUUUCUUUCUUUCUUUCUUUCUUUCUUUCUUUCUCAUCUUGCUUUCUCAUCUCCCUUUCUCAUUUUUUCUUUCUUUCUUUCUUUCUUUCUUUCUUUCUUUCUUUCUUUCUUUCUUUCUUUGUCAUCUUGCUUUCUCAUCUGCCUUUCUCAUGUUUCUUUCUUUCUUUCUUAUUUUGCUUUCUUUCUUUCUCAUCUUGCUUUCUCAUCUCCCUUUCUCAUCUUUCUUUCUUUCUUUCCUUCUUUCUUUCUUUCUUUCUUUCUCAUCUUGCUUUCUCAUCUCCCUUUCUUAUCUUUCUUUCUUUCUUUCCUUCUUUCUUUCUUUCUUUCUUUCUUUCUUUCUUUCUUUCUUUCUUUCUUUCUUUGUCAUCUUGCUUUCUCAUCUGCCUUUCUCAUGUUUCUUUCUUUCUUUCUUUUCUCAUCUUUCUUUCUUUCUUUCUUUCUUUCUUUCUUUUUUUCUUUCUUUUCUUUCUUUCUUUCUUUUCUUAUCUUUCUCAUCUCCCUUUUCAUUUUUUUCUUUCUUUCUUUCUCAUCUUGCUUUUCAUCUCCCUUUUCAUUUUUUUCUUUCUUUCUUUCUUUUCUUUCUUUCUUUCUUUCUUUCUUUUCUUUCUUUCUUUUCUUUCUUUCUUUCUUUCUUUGUCAUCUUGCUUUCUCAUCUGCCUUUCUCAUGUUUCUUUCUUUCUUUCUUUCUUUCUUUCUUUCUUUCUUAUCUUGCUUUCUCAUCUCCCUUUCUCAUUUUUUUCUUUCUUUCUUUCUCAUCUUGCUUUCUCAUCUCCCUUUCUCAUUUUUUUUUCAUUCUUUCUUUCUUUCUUUCUUUCUUUCUUUCUUUCUUUUUCUUUCUUUCUUUCUUUCUUAUCUUGCUUUUCAUCUCCCUUUCUUUUUUUCUUUCUUUUCUUUCUCAUCUUGCUUUCUCAUCUCCCUUUCUCAUUUUUUUUUCUUUUUUUUCUCAUCUUGCUUUCUCAUCCCCCUUUUCAUUUUUUUUUUCUUUCUUUCUUUCUUUCUUUCUUUCUUUCUUUUUCUUUCUUUCUUUCUUUGUCAUCUUGCUUUCUCAUCUGCCUUUCUCAUGUUUCUUUCUUUUUUCUUUUCUCAUCUUUCUUUCUUUCUUUUCUUUCUUUCUUUCUUUCUUUCUUUCUUAUCUUGCUUUCUCAUCUCCUUUCUCAUUUUUUUUUUCAUCAUCUUGCUUUCUCAUCUCCCUUUUCAUUUUUUUUUCUUUCUUUCAUUCUUUCUUUCAUUCUUUCUUUCUUUGUCAUCUUGCUUUCUCAUCUGCCUUUCUCAUUUUCUUUCUUUCUUUCUUUUUUGUUUUCUUUCUUUCUCAUCUUGAUUUCUCAUCUCCCUUUCUCAUUUUUCUUUCUUUCUUUCUUUCUUUGUUUCUUUCUUUGUCAUCUUGCUUUCUCAUCUGCCUUUCUCAUGUUUCUUUCUUUCUUUCUUUCUUUCUUUCUUUCUUUCUUUCUUUCUUUCUUUCUUUCUUUCUCAAUUUCAUUCUUUUACUCUGUCUCUAUCGUUCUCUUUUCCUCUCACUGUUUCUUUCUCUUCUUCCUUUAUUUCUCCUAUUAUUUCUCUAUUUUUUCUUUCUUGCUUCUGCUUUCACAUUUUAUUUUCUUAAAUUUAUCUUACGUUUUUCUCUCUCUUUCCCUAUGCAUUCCCCUCUUGUUAUAUUCAUCAUCUUUUUCUAACUCUUCCUUUUCUCUCUCUCUUCCCUUUUCUUCUUCUUCCUUUUCCUUUUUUUCUGUCUCUCUUUCUUUUCUCUCUUUCUUUCUUCACUCUCUCUUUCUUUUUUCUUCCUCUAAUCUUUCUUUUCUCUCUCUUUCUGUUCUCUCUAUUCUUCUCUCUCUCUCUUUUCUCUUUUAUUCUUCCCUCCUUUCAUUUUCUCUAUCAUUCUGGAUAUUUACUUUUAACCUUUCUUUUAACCUUUCUUUCUUUCUUUCUUUCUUUCUUUCUUUCUUUCUUUCUUUCUUUCUUCUGUUUCUCUUUUAUACUAUAUUGCCUUUCUCAUUUUUUCUCGUUGGUGCUUUUUGUACGCUUUCAUUUCUCGCCAUCUUAAAGUAUCUUUUUCUACUCCCUCUUUUGAAUUUACCUCCUCUCUAUAUCCGUUUUAUCUCUCUAUUCCUUUGUGUUCUUAUUCCCUUUUUCUAUCCUUUCUUUCCUCUCUUUCUCACUUAUUCCUUUUUCUUUCAAUCUCAAACUCUCUUUUUCCUUUUUUCUCUUCCACUUCCCACUGUUGUUUUUUUUCCCGCCUUCUCUCUCUAUAUGUUUCUAUCUCUCUAUAUCGUCAGGCAUUUCGUCUAUAACAAUAUCUUCAAUAGUUAA